AUGGAUGCCGACGGUUUCGAGAUAGUCACGAGGAAAGACAAGAAGCGGUCAUCAUCCCCCAGAUCAGGAGGUUACCGCAACCGGUCAUGGUCGCCGCCGCCCAACUGCAUGCCGGAUGCAGGGGGACAAUCUUCUUCGAAAUGGUCAAAGAGACGGUCUUCUGACCAAGAUCUUUGCAUCAGAUGGAAAGACGAAAGGGAGCUUUCAGCCCAAAGUCAGAAGAAAGAUUGGCAUGAAAGCUUGGUCAAGGCGAAGAAAAAGCCGUGGGGUGCACAAAAGGCCAUCAUCAGGAAAGGGGUACAUCAGUCACCGCACGGCGACGGUGAACAACACAUCACCGUCGACUAUCAAACCGCCGACGGUGUGCAUAUCACUACGUGGCACGUCAACCUGACGGACGAUGAGUACCAGUCGUUUCAGCAGAUCAACAAGCCGGAGGGAGCGACAUGGGCCGUUCCGCCUUCGCCCAGCCCAGCCUGGGAUGAUGCCGCGCUUUCGCCGCCUCCUUCUCCUUGA